UCCACACAUUUUCAUAAAAAUUCUGCCCCGCUUCGAGUUGCAAGUUCGCUAUAACUUUUGUUUUACAAAAUAGUUGUGCAAGCAACAUAUACCGAACGAAGCGGAAAAUAGUGUAGCGUGUUAAUACAUAUAUCUGGUUUUCAGUCAUUUCCAACAAAAAGAGUUAUAAACAAAAACAUACAUUUUUCGUUCCAAGAUGGCGGCGUUUGUUUACAUUUUGUAGGAUACGACGCAGUUUUGAUUCCCAGCCCUGGUAACUACGAGCUAUACAUUAAGCUGGUGUGACUUUUCAAAACUUAAUAUUUAUUCUCGUAAAUUCACGGACAGGACCGAAGUAAAAUUGAAUAUUUCAUUAAUGUGUGUUGUAAUCUAUUCAUAAUUGACAUGUCAAUAAAAGCAGAGCAUUUUGAGACAUAGCCUCGACUACCAUGUUAACGUUGGAGAUAAGAAAUUGAAUACGUGACUGCAUACAUAUAUUACACUGAUAACGAUACUUGUUUUCUAUGAUAGCUAAAAUGGAGGAAAUACGCCAAAAUAUCAAGUGUAAAGAUUUCAUUGGAGUUUUAUAUGGAUUUGUACAUACGGGUAGAAAAACGGAAUCUUACACACGAGAAAGACUUCGUUUACUACAUCAAAAGAUAUACAGAUUGUUGGCAGGUCUUCCACGUUGUCAUGCAAAGUGCAGCUCUCUCCAUAAGUUACAAUUUAACAGAUGGUGUGAAACUUGCUCAAAGUGGAAAAAAGAACUGUCGAGUGUAAAUAGAUCAAGGAAUGUAAAUUGGGAGAAAACGGAAUCAUGGAAAUGGCCUGACUCGUAUGAAAACAUUGUCGAAGUAUUCCUGCCGGGUGACUGGACAAAAAACAAUCCCGCACAGCUUUCAGAUAUAUCAACACAGUGUCAUAUUUGGCUGCAAUGUAGAGAAUUUCACCUGAAUGAAACUAUAGUAAAAAACGUUCGAGCUGCAAGAAACGAAACAUAUCAUAAUAUCAGUUUUGAAGCCAGUGAUAUUGAAAAGGCCAAAGCUUUUGAUGCUUUAAAAGAUUUGAUCAAAGAUAAAGACAUCGCAAACGACAUUAAUGUGAAUGAAUAUUUAAGCAAACUGGAUGAUAUUUAUAUGGAUGAUUUAUUCUCUUCCAUUGACAAAUCUAUACUUGAGGAAAUAACAGCUGUGUAUCAUGAAAAGCAAAUUUCAUUGGAACGCAAAAUUAGUAAAAUAUGUGACCACUUAGAAGCUAUAGAGGAGGAAACCAGAUAUUUUAGUAGGGUGUUAGGCAGACUUGCAUGGAAAAUUCAACCAAACAAUUCGAAGUUUUGGAAAGCAACAUAUUGUUUAACACUUGCACAUUUGUUUGUACUUUUAGGAUGGAAUUAUUUUGUACCGAACCAUGAAUCGUUUACAGGGUAUCAUUCUCAAGGUCUAGACGGAUGUGUCGAUGAAAACUAUAGUUUGCCGUGGAUGCAAGAUUUACCGUUACUAGAGUACGUACGAGACACUAACACUUUAGUUGGGAGAGAGUGGUUGUUUGAAAUAUUAGAUAGAAAACUUUUACAAGACGAAUCAUCUGGAAGCGGAAUAGUCUCUGUUGCAGAAUUCGGGUACGGAAAGUCAGCCAUAGUUUCCCAUUUGCUUUGCGCCAGACAUUGUGAAAAGGGAAGACCUUUGAGGGAACAGAUAGCUGCGUUUCACAUAUGUAAAUACGAUGUUUCUAGCACGCAGUCACCCGAGAGGUUUAUCAGGCGUUUAGUAGGUUUUUUUGCAAUGAGAAUUCCGGAAUACGGCAAUAUUGUUUCCAUGAUGUCCAGUUCCUCUAUUUUAUAUGACAAUGAAAAAUGCGCUAAGGAACAAGAUGCGUGCUUUGACCAGGCGUUUAGAAUUCCAUUUAAAAAUAUGACAUCAGAAUAUUCUACAAAGAUUGUGGUAAUAGACGCUCUUGAUGAAUGUUUUCACUUAACAAAAAACGAAAAUUUUAUUUUGAAUUUGAUAUCGACACGACUACGAUAUUUUCCAAAGUGGGUCAAAUUUCUCAUAACAAGUAGAGACAUAAUGCAACUGAAGUCUUUAAAAAAAUUAGAGAGAUUAAAUCUUUUAGCUAACGAUUCGAACAAUAUUGAAGAUAUCAAAAAGUAUAUUGAAAUAAUUUACAAUGAAAAGUCACGAUUCUUUUAUUCGGAUAUAAAACAGAAAAUAAUGGAAAGUGGUGAAGGCAAUUUCCUUUACAUUGUUCAUGCACUGCAAUAUGUGCAGAGUCCUGAUUUUAAUGGCAAAUUGCCUGAGCUACCAUUUUCAUUGGAGGAUAUAUAUGAACUUAACUUUGAUCGACAAUUUCAAGGAGGUGAUACCUACAGCAUUGCCAGACUUAUUCUCGAAAUUAUUUGUACAAGUUUAACACCACAAAAUAAAAACGAUAUAUAUGACAUACUAAUAAAUAGUGAGGCAAUAAACUUAUCAUAUAUAGAUUUUGAACGGGAAUUUGAACAACUUUCUUACUUUAUAAAGGCCGAAGAUGGCGUUAUUUUACGCCACAAAGCAAUACACAGUUGGUUAGUUAAUUCAGCCUCUAGCAGAUAUAAAGUUUCCCUGACAAAAGGGCAUGAGCUAAUUUCAAAACAUUUACUUAGAACGGUGAAGAACAACGGCACUGGUGAUAUUAUUGCGCUGGUAAUUCAUCUAAGUAGCUCCAAAAGUGUGGCUCUGCGAAAGACAUUUCGUUCAUUUAAUAUGAAUAAAGUUAUGACUUUCAAAGAGAAGGAAGUUUUACACAAUCUUAUAAGUAAGACCGAGUCUGAAGAAGCGCUUGAUUUACUUCUUUUUCACCAUUCCAAAGUUGAUAUAACAGAUGAAAAUGGGGUUAGUCCAGCAUUUCUAGCAGCAGCGAAAGGGCAUCUUAAACAGCUGAAAUUAUUGCUGCGUAAAGGAGCAAACUGUAAUUUUGUAGUGAACCCUUGUAGAAAGUGUAAUACAAAGUUAUUUUUGCGCGAUUUUAAAAAAGAUAUAGAAGAGAUAAAAACAGUUUUCUACUCUGGUUAUGGACUACUUCACAUAGCAGUGCAGCAUAGAUCUACAGACAUUGCAAGAUAUUUAAUUGAAGAGACAAGCAUUUCUUUAAAUCAUGAAAACGUUAUUGGACAGCGACCAAUUGAUAUAACUUGUGAGUUAGGUAAUAUUGAAAUAUUGAAAAUAUUCAUGUCUAGAAAAUCAAAUAUUAUCGACGACAAGUGUUUGUAUUUUGCGACCAGAAAUUCACAUUUAAACAUCGUUAAACAAAUUCUAGACUUAGGAUUUGAACCGAGUUGCAUAUCCAACAAAACUGCUAAAAGAGAAUUAGGUAAAAUAAUGAAACCGUGUAAUUGCGACGAUUCGGAUGAUUUAGACACUUUGAUAAAACCUUUGGACACAUGGUGGAUUGUUUUGCGAGAAACUUCACUUCAUUAUGCGAUUCGGUCUGGUUAUUCACCUAUCGCAGAAUAUAUUGCAAAAAAGACAAAGCGUUUAGUGGAGUGUGUUGAUUCAUAUGGCUAUACACCUUUCUUACUUGCGAUCAAGCAUGGAAGAUACCAGCUAACUAAUGUCAUGAAAGAAAGAGCAAAUAAAGAUAACUGCUCUUCCUCAGCUUCAUUUAUAUCUCAUGAGAUCACCAGCUCAGGUACUAUUAUUCAAGAGAAGGGUGAAGAUAUUUGUCAAGAAGGUACAGUAUUUGCUCAUUUAAUUGCAAAAUAUAACCGAGUUAAAAUGAUUGACAUUUUUGAAAAUGACGUCUCUCUGAAAUGGGAUAUAGCAGAUAGUUCUGGCAAUAAGCCAAUACACUAUGCAGCUAGUCACAGUAGUACGGAUUUUAUCAAGUUCAUGUCCUGGAAAUUUGGAAGGACUGCUUUUGAGGAAGAAUCAAAAAAUAAAUCAACGGCUUAUCAUUCUGCAGCAAUAAGCUGUUCAGAGGUGAGUUUAAGGGCACUUACUAAUGCAUUUAGUGAUGAUAUAAUAGAUUUUAAAGAUAAUGGCAAUAGGAGCGUACUGCAUUAUGCUCUCAUGUGCGAGGCUAAGAAGUGGUCGUACUUUCCUCAAAAUAAUCUAACCCUACCUUGUCAAACAUAUUUACUUAAGCUAACAAAUGUAUCACAUGUUGAUACCAAUGGGCAAAAUUUACUACAUUAUAUUUUGAGGUUUGGGCACGAAAAACUUCUUCAUUAUCUUCAGGUUAAACAUCCGAAGAAGUACAAACAAAUGCUUCAUUCAAAAGAUCGAUUUAAGUUGACUCCAGUCGAAUACACUUUAUAUUAUGCACCAAAUGUUGAGAGUUUGUUCUCAUCUACUGUUUUAAAUCAAUUCAAAAAUGAAAGCGUAAACACGCAGUCAGAGGAAAUACAGCGGUCGUUAAUACCAUGGGAAAAAUGUUUAAUUAACAUUCAAAAAUUAUUUACGCAGGAGGAGACCAACGAACUUCUUUUGCAACACUUCAAUAUCAUUCUUGUUAAAAGUCCGCUUUUGUCGAAAGCCCUUUUGCUGAAUCGUGUUUUUGCGAAUACCUCGCUAAUUGAGGCCGCAAAUAUUAAGUGGCAUAUAAUACGUAGUAUGUUUUUGGCAAAACAGUUCAAUCGUGAGAACAUUCUUAAACAAUCAUUGAAGAUAAUUUCAAAAGACAAUCCCACGCUCCUCUUCAGUUGUGGGCAACCUUUAAAUCGUUCUCCUUUGCAUUAUAUGGCGUUCUCUGCUCCUUGGACUUACGAUGACACGUUGUUUGAUGUUAUUAAUGAUUCCUUUGCUGUAGCAAGGAGCAUUAAGGAUUUGAACUGCAGUACCAGCGAUGGAUUUAACCUUCUUCACUACUCUAUUAUUGGUGGUUUUAUAAACCUAACGGAUUUUUUAAUGGAAAAGAAAUUAUCAGUAGUUACUGAAAAUGUUUCUGUUGUUGAUGUACUUUAUAUGACUGUGUUUGCGAAGUUUAAAUCAGAUAUAUCCAGUGAUAAUUCGGUUACGUAUUCACUCCUUGAUAUAUUUUUAUCAGACUUCAUUAGAAACCGAACAUCGGAUUUAAAGGCAAAUGUCUUCUGUAGUAAUCUUUCCAAGAGUUUGUCUUUAGUGCAUUUCUUCGCAAUUAACGGGAUGGCAAGAACAAUAGAAACAGUAAAGAAUUUAUUUGGAAGUGAAAUAACUCGAUGUCAGAACGUUCAUAAUUUUACUGCAAUGUUUUUUGCCGAAUUGUUUGGCAGAACAUCGGUCGAAACUUCAUUACUAAAUGAAAAGUCUUUCAUUUUCCCUGAGAGAAGUGCUGUAGAAUUUCUUUUACUCAAUAUAUUUAAUAACUUUCCUCAAAUGAGGAAACAGAAUCCUUUCCGUUGCAUUACUUCAAGGGGAAUGAUAACCAUACGUAAUAGAGCACUUAUUAAAAACUAUCAAUGUCUAAAAGGGUUUUAUAAUAUGUAUUUUUUGACUGUUAACGAUUUCUUUAUUCAUAAUCUCUUGUUUGCAAGAGAAGGCUUACACUUAACUGAAAAACUUAUGCUACAGUACAUAGAGAUAAAAAAGUUGUUCUAUGCCUCUUUAAAAAGUGAAAUUAGAUCGAGCUGUAGCAGAUUUACCCGUUGUCUGAGUGAAAUAAUAGAGAUACUUAAUGAACUAAAACUUUGGAGCGGUAUAAGUAAUGGGUAUCUUUCCUGGCAAAGUGAGUAUGAUUUUCUGAAAAAUAUAUACAAUGCAUUAAAAUUACCCUUCGAUAAAAGUAUGAUUUCAUUAGUACAAGAUGGUAUGAACAAUGGUUGUUCAACUUAUAAUUUUCGACAUAUUUGGAAUACAAUGCAAUAUCUGGAAAGAUCUCUUAGGACAGUAGUUCAGAAUGUUCAAGAUAUUACAAUUUUGGUGGCGCUUUUGGACCAAAAAGAUUUUAUAAGAAUUCAAAGUAUGCCAUUUGGGUUUAAUGGUUUACAGCCGCAUUUUCAAGACUUUGUGUGUGGAUAUAGAUUUUCCUUAUGUCAUGGAUGCCCAUUAGGUUUGUUGAAGGGAGCAGUAAAUAACAUAAAUCGUUUUCGGUACCUAAACGUUAUUAAAUCAACUACUACAUACAAACAUAUUGACGGAGUGAGACCUAGAAGUGGUCCAAUUUUUAUGACCAAAUCUGAAGUUACGAAGCUAGAAAAGAAACGGAAAUUCAUAUACAAAAUGAUGCACAAAACAAAGGAAAGACAGAAGUGGCUAUUAGCAAACUUCAAAAGUGAAAGAAAUGGGAUCUGUAAGAGCCAAGCUAGCAAUGAAAGAUAUGAAAAGAGUUUGUUAUAUAAUAUUAGGAUACCAUUGAUUUGAAAUUUCUAAAGUAAAAUGGGAAGUUUUAGAGAAGUUUUAUUUCUAUCUCGUAUUUAGAUUUCUUUUUGUAUAAUACAAGUAAUAACAUUGUAGUUUGUUACGACUAGUGUUUCAUGAGAAUGAUAUACAUUUCGUUAUAUGUUGUCAUAGCAAUCAAACAUAAAUAACUGCAUUUCA